CAAAGUUUACUUUUUGAUGCUCAUGACUAAUUGUUUGCCUAACUAUGUACGUAAGAGUGUACAUAAAUAGGAUCGGACCUGAAAACCGACCCGAACCGGACCUGUAGAUUCAAGUCUGGUCCCGAUCCUUGAAAUUUAGGGAUUCUGGUUCCGGUCCGGAUUCGGUCUAAAAUCGGGGGUUUCAGGUCCGAACCCGAAACCCGGUAAAAUUGUGUUUUAAAAACAAAAAAAAAAAUUAAAAAUCAAAACAAAAAAAUCAGUUUUCCUUUCUAAACCAUAACUCCCUCACAGCCUCACUCAGUCACGACACCCAGACCCAGUCGCGCCUCACGCACUCAAUCUCUCCCCUCAGGCGACCACCAGACACCGGCCAAGCGCCCACCAGCGCGACAACCCUCCCUGCACGCUGCAUCAGCCACACAGCCACCGCCGCUAGCCCCCGCUACUACCUUGAUUAACAAAAAGGGACGAAGAGAGUAUCAAUUUUUAAGGUGAGGUGAACAGGACCUUACAAUACUCUUCAACUCGGCUCAUUCACAAAUCACAACAAUUGACGUAAGUUGAGUAGACCUGAUCCCGAUCUGAAAUUAAAACCGAUCUCACAAGUUGACUCUAUUCUUGUACAAUUGGUCACCCUCGCUCGGGUUCUCUUUUCUUUCCUGUCUUCCCUCUCACUCUCUUUCCUUUCCAAGAAAGAACCCAAACUCUGCUAAUUCCGGUUCAGUUUCAACAAUUGAUAUAUCGGUGCAAAAUAGAUCAAAAUGGCUGGAAAAGAAGAAGUUAAGCAUCUUGAGGAAUGCUCUGUUUCAAAUGCCUUAGGAACAUGGGUUUUUUCCGUAUUGGGUGCUUUGGUAGCGAUUCCUGUUGGAAUAAAGAAGAAAUCUCUUGCACCACUGGUAUUCUUUGGAACGACAGGCACCAUGCUGGACAUUAUAAUGGGGAUUAGUGCUUGUGAAAGAGAACAUGCAGAGCGUCAAAUGCAACUGUUGGAAGCACAAAAUUCCGCUACUGAUGCGUCAGUAGAGUCAUUACCAGAAUAAAAGCAACAUUAUAUGGUAACUUGCUAUCUUGAUCAGACCAAAUUUUUUCUUGUGUCAAAGUAUGAUAAACAUGUAUCUCUUACAUUGUUUCCUUUAGCACAGUGAAAAUCUCAACUCCAAGAUGGUGAGCCUCCUGAUUAUAAUGUCAUGUUCUUGAAAAAAUAUUAUUGAACAUCCUACUCUACCUCAUGUAGGUUAUGUUUAUGGUCUAAAAAAAUGUAGGUUAUGUUUCUACCUACUUUUGCUGAAA